AUGAAGCAAGAAACCACAACUCUUGAGAAUGCUAGUAAAGUUGGCACAACCGACAUGGCAGACAUGGAUCCAGAAAUUACUGGAGCAAUCUUGGAAACUUUGGCAGAUUUCUAUGGAACAAAAGACGCGGCUUGUGAAAACGAGAAAAAUAAAAAAACUAGAUCGGUUAAUAAUAAUGUUUCAUCGAAACCAGAAAAUUCUACAUUCCCAGAAAUUAAAAUUAGAGAUUUUGGAUUUGAUA